AUGAAAAAGGCAAAUCCUUCUUGCGUCAUCGUGUAUAGACCUUUCGGAGCAAGUUUCGGUCAUUCAGCACUAUUACCAUCAUCCAAGUUGUUCGUGCCAAAUGACGAACAACAACACCAUCAUGGUGAGGUUUUGGAAGGAGAGUAUAAAAGUAUAAUUUCAAAGAAUGGAUUGAGAAGGUUACUUUUCACUUUUCUCGGAUAUGGGGAUGGCUCUCUCAAAUUGUUUUUGACUCAUGAUCACCAUACAGAUCAUCGGAUUGAAAAUAACAAGGUGAAGAUUUUCAAAUUCACUGAACUUCUGAAAGGAUUGUCAUCAAUAGAUGGCAUGAUGGUACUUGAAAAUGUUUCAUCCCGACACCACAAACAGAGACAAACGAACGAUUCGUUUUCGAGUGGGAAAAAUACAUUUGAAGGUACCACUUUCCCCUCCAUGAUGACGAUUCACUCAUUUACUUUAUUAGUAAUUUCAAAAUUUGGAAAAGCAAAAUCAUCAAUUAUUGCUUUCAAAAUUAAUUUACAAUAUGCUUGUACUCCACAGUUGCCUUCAACUGACAUUGAGAUUGAAAACACACUUAUUGAAAUAGUUCCUGACACCAGCUUACUUCCCACAAAAUCAAUAGUUGGAUUGGACAUUCUCACUACUACAACGGCCAUCAAAAAGAAAGUAACAGAGAAAUACCUUGUGGCAAUUACUACGGAUAAUCAUGUAUGGAUAUGGCAUGAAAAAAAUUUAGACAAACUCGUAGCUUGCAUGCCGUUACCAGAUAUAGAAUCGUCAGAAUUAGUUCUCGAUUUUUCAAUUUUAGCCUUGCAUGAUGGAUCACAGAUGUUAUGCACUUUAACUUCAAGCCAAUCAUUACUCUUUUUUAAGCUCAACAAAAAUGACACCGCUAUUACACUACAAAAAAUGGCUGUAGAUGAACAGUUUGCUCAACAAGAUAUUUCCAUAACAUGUAUCCAUACGAUGAACAAUUUAAUUGUAACUCAUUUCAAAAACAAGCUUGCUCAUGUGAUUUCAUUGAACACUUCCCAUGUCGAAGACGUUUACAAAUUAGAGCUCGAAGAUGUCGCUCUGUUACAUUUUACAAAUCGUGAAAACUUUAUUUUCUAUCAUCAAAAAACUCGAAAAUUGACGCAAUGCCUGAAUGGAAUUCAACACUGUAUCGACACGAUGGUUGAAAGCGAAUCUAAUUUACGCAUUUUCUGUGUAACAAAGGAUGGAAAUUACAUGAUUGUAAUUAUUGGUUCGUGGCUUUUUGUGUUGAAAAUUGUAACAGAUGGACAGGCCAAGCUCAUUCUAAAAUGUGACAUUCUUAAUGAUCACUCUUUACUUCAUGAGGCAAUCAUUGGAAACUCUGAGAAAAACAAAUUUAUUUCCGUAGUUCCUGCAAAUUUACUCUCAAGACUUUUAUAUACAAAUCCUGUUUGCCUGUUGACAAGUUCAUUCAACGAUCAACGGAAUAUUAUGACCAUCACUUGGCUCACUCCUGUGGAUAAUAGUGGCCAUUUUGUGUGCUCCAUGAACACUGGAAGACAUUCAGCGUCAUUAGUGCUACCUAGCAUGAAAUUUGCUCUCAGCGUACCGACCACUGCACUUGCAGACACAGUUCUUGCCAUUGGUGGAUGCAGCGGAAGCUCCAUUGACAAGUUUGAAAAGUUUGUCAAUUGUUUAGAUGACGUUAAGCAUGAGCAGACUCAUCAUUCACCACGAAAACCACUCUCACUCGUGACACACCACGUUGAAAAACAUGGUUCAUUUUACUGCUUUUCGGAAUGCUGUGCUCAUUUAUGCUGUGUCAUUGAGAAAGAAUUGGAAAGAACAUGUCCCAAUCAUCAUCUAUUCUAUUGCAGAGUUGUUGCUGGUUUUGUGAAGCAAGGUUAUUGGCAAGAUGGUAAAAUGUUCGUUUCGAAUAAUGAAGCGAUUUGCCCUCCCUAUUUGACAUUUGUUGGAAGUCAACAGUUUGCUAAAAUUUCGAAUUUGACUAAUGACUGA